AUGGCAAACAGAAAUGCUACCAUUUCACGAGUUUCGGCACUGAGUGCAACAGCAGAAGAUGAAAUAGUCGCACAUCUCAAUCGUGAUGGUGUCGCUAUAGUGACAGGCAUGUUCCCUAAAGAACAUGUAGAUCAAGUGAGACAAGAUCUUCAACAUAAGUUUAACACUAAUUCUGCGGACGGAUCACCUUAUUGUGCAACAACAACGCGCCGAGUUUCAGGUCUUUUUGGUAUUUCAAAUGCCUGUGUUGAUCUAGCUAUGCAUCCCUUGCAAUUAGCUGUGGUUAACAAAUUGCUUACAUCGACCUAUCAUUUCUACGUAGGUUCUGAAAAGCUUACCUCUGUUUCGAAGCCUACUAUUUCAGCGACCGCAGCUUUCCGUUUAGAGCCUGGAGGGAUACAGCAAGGACUUCAUCGUGAUGACGUGGAUUAUCACACACGCCCAUCUGAUUGGCCGAUGUUAAUCGGCUGCUUUACUGCACUUACUAGAGUACAUGCAAAAAAUGGAGCCAUUGUUUUCAUUCCAGGCUCGAAUACGUGGAUUGAUCAAGAUAGAAGGGCCCUAGUAGACGAAACCGUACCAGCCGAGCUGGAGCCAGGUGAUACAGUCAUCUAUCUAGCAAAUACGUAUCAUGGCCUUGGUGGGAAUACUACUCAAGAUGAAUGUUGCGAAUUAGUGGGCAUUUUCAUGGGUAAAGGGUUUUAUCGGCAAACUGAAAACGAAUAUCUUGCUGUGCCACCUGAACGAUGCAAAGAAAUGAAGCUGUCCGCAGCAGCCUUACGAGUGCUUGGAUAUGCGGUAUCUCCACCAUUUCUCGGUUACAUUGAUUUCAAAGACCCAGUUGAAUCUAUUUUUGGAAUCGACGACGACGAGACCGUAAAAAUGUAG